AUGCCAUCCCACGCCACGCCCAAGACCCCCCACAUCCUUGACGACGCUAACAAUAGCUGCACUGAUGAGGACGAUGAAGGCCCAGCCCCUCUACCACCGCCUCCAGCAAAAAAGAAGCGCAAACAACUGCCAUUUGAAGCCACGUACGUGAGUAACUUGCCAAGCGCAGCCAUGUACGAGCGCAGCUUCAUGCACCGCGCUACAGUCUCGCACGUGGUCGUAGCGCCCGAGACGCAGUUUAUUAUCACCGCCAGCGUCGACGGACACGUGAAAUUCUGGAAGAAAAUGGCGACCUCCAUUGAGUUUGUCAAACAUUAUCAAGCCCACGUGAGCGAAGUGCAUGGACUGGCUGUGUCCAUUGACGGUUUGCGUCUCUGUAGCUCCUCGGCCGAUCGCAGUAUCAAGUUCUACGAUGUAUUAGCUUUCGACAUGGUCAACAUGAUGAGCGUCUCGUUUACACCUGGCGACUGCUGCUGGAUCUCAGGGAAAGGGGUUCUCGUGCCAAAGGUCGCCGUGAGUGACAGAGCCGGUCCCGCGAUCCGGAUCUAUACGGCCGAAAGUGCCACCAGUGAGCCCGUUUAUGUGGUAAGUCACUUGCACGCGGCGCCCGUGACGGCACUGGCUCUAAAUCCUGUCGCCAAUUGUGUCAUCUCGGCCGAUCAGAAAGGCGUGAUUGAGUACUGGGAUGCAGAGACCUAUAAAUUACCACAAGUCGCCACGUUUCGGUACAAAAGUGACACGGAUUUGUACGAGCUUGCCAAGUGUAAAACGUAUGCUACGGCUCUUGAUGUCUCGCGGGAUGGCACGAAGUUUGUCGUCACGGCCAAAGAUCGUCAGAUUCGGGUGAUACGCUUCGUUACGGGCAAAUUGCGGCGUACCUAUGACGAGAGUUUGGCCGUUUUUGAAGACGCCCAGGCCGACGAGACGCUGCAGUUGGACGCGAUCGACUUUGGUCGUCGAGCAGCUGUUGAGCGAGAAUUGGCCGAUUCGGACGUCGUGUCGAAUUGCAUCUUUGAUGAGUCAGGAUACUUUAUCCUCUAUGCUACUCUAGCAGGUAUCAAAGUGGUGAAUAUCGAGACGAACAAGGUUGUAAAAGUGCUGGGCAAAGUCGAGAGCUCGGAUCGUUUUCUGCGCUUGAGUCUAUUCCAGGGCAAAGCGAAAGUCAACACGCAGUUUGACAAGCACCUCAAGACCGCCUCAGGACUCAAGCACGAAGCACAAGUGAUGGAGGAUGCCGCAAAUGAGCGAGACAAUAUCGAUCCGACGCUCUUCUGCACGGCGUUCAAGCGCAACCGCUUUUUUCUUUUUUCAACCCGAGAGCCGGAAGAGGAGGAAGGGGACAAUGGCGGCACUGGCCGCGACGUUUUCAACGAGAAACCUACGCUGGAAGAAGCUCAAGUCGCCUCGGAGUCUAGUACUGCCAAGGUGCUUGGCGAGACGGCUGUCAUGCACACAACUAUGGGAGACAUCACGCUUAAGUUGUUUGGCAAGGAGUGUCCGAGGGCUGUGGAAAACUUUUGCACGCAUGCGCGCAAGAAAUACUACGACAAUCUGCUUUUUCACCGCGUGAUCAAGAACUUUAUGGUGCAAACAGGCGAUCCAUUGGGGGAUGGUACCGGUGGCGAGUCCAUUUGGGGAGGCGAGUUCGAAGACGAGUUCCACCGCAGCUUGCGUCACGAUCGUCCGUUUACGCUUUCGAUGGCUAAUGCUGGUCCCAACACGAAUGGCUCGCAGUUCUUCAUCACGACAGUACCUACGCCGUGGCUGGAUAACAAACACACUGUCUUUGGUCGUGUUGAACACGGCAAGGACACUGUUUCCAGCAUUGAGGCUGUGAGGGUGGACAAAUCAGACAAGCCUCUCAUCGACAUCAAGAUCAUUAACAUUGACAUCUUCUAG